CAUACCACCCAAGAAUUUUUGUAGCUUGUGACGUUGUAUCCGGUACUUGUUCAUGUAGUUUUGCGUUCGACAAGCUCCAAAACCAGAAUAAUGGCCAUUAGGGUUCUAACGAGAACCACAGUUACACGCUUCACAAGCAUUUUAACCGCCAAGCAAAACCCAAAUUUCCCAAACCAAAAGUCCGAAUCUUUUUCCACAAACCCAGCAAAACCCAGAUUUACCCAGCAAUCCCAGUACCGGAAACAGAUUUCCCUCGCCACUCUGCUCCAAAGGUACGGCUUCCCAUCUUCUCUGCUCCACAAUUUCCUCUCAAAGCAUCAAUUUUUAUUGAAUUCCAACUUACAGGAAUUAGAGAAGUCUCUGGCUGUUCUUUUAUCCUUCAAAAUCCCCCAGAAAUCCCUUGUUUCUUUGAUUUGUGACUGCCCCGGGGUUUUGGAUUUUCAGUUUCUGAAGAAAUGGGAAAAGGGAUUUUCAAAUUUGGGGAUUUUGAGUGCUUCCCCAUUGAUGGUUAGGAGUGUUUUGGAACAAUCUAAGAGGUUUCAGAUUGACCCAGAUGGGUUUUUUAGGAGUGUGGAGGUUUUGAGGGGUUUAGGGUUUAUGGAUGGCACGGUUAUUAAGGUUUUAGAGGGGUUUCCAGGAGUGGUUUUGAUGAAUGGGAGGGAGAUUCAACGGAGAAUCGAAUUCUUGGAGGGAAUUGGAAUUUCGAGGGAUGAAAUUAAUUGGGUUCUAAAAUAUUUUCCUGGGGUCAUAGGAUUUGGGGUUGAAGAUAGGCUGAAGCCAUUGCUGUGUGAGUUUAAGGGUUUCGGUUUUAGCGAGGAUGUGAUUAGGACAGAGAUAAUGAAAGAGCCACGAAUUCUUGGCAUGGAAUUGGGCGAAUUUUCGCAGUGUGUGGAAUUCUUGAGGACUUUGAAGUGUAGGGUACCAAUCAAGGAGAAGAUUUUCAGUGAGGGAGAGUUUAGAGCUGGGUUUGAAGUGAAGUUGAGAGUUGACUGCUUGUGCAGAUAUGGGUUGAUUCGUAGAGAGGCUUUUGAGGUGUUGUGGAAGGAACCGAGGUCAAUUAUAUAUAAGGUGGGGGAAAUUGAGAGGAAGAUUGAGUUUUUAAUACAAAGGAUGAAAUUCAGUACCCGUUGUUUGGUUGAAGUUCCACAGUAUUUGGGUGUGAAUUUUGAGAAGCAGAUCAUUCCUCGGUACAAUGUGAUCGAGUAUUUGAGAUCUAAAGGCGGGCUUGGUUAUGAGGUGGGGUUAAGAGGUUUGAUCACGCCUAGCAGGCUUAGAUUCUAUAACCUGUACGUCAAGCCAUAUCCGGACUGUGAAAAAAUGUUUGGGAGAUUUUCAGGAGAUGUUAAAGUUCAAAGCCGACAUCCUGCUGGACUAUGGAAACUUUUCAAGCCACAAAAGUAUCCAGAAUCCAAAGAAGAUGUGACGAACACAAAGCUAUUUAUGAAAUCUCUGGGUUAGUGUUGCACCGUUUUUGAGCCAUUUGUCAUCCUCCAAGUUGAGGACUUUAUCAGGUAGACUUUUGUCUGUAAUCUGAAUUCAUGGAAAAAUGGUUGGUGGCAUGAAGUUAUUUUGGUGCAUGGUAGACAUAGUCAUGGUAUACACUUGGCUUUUGGCACUUUGCCUUUUAUGCUGCCUGCAGAAAGUUUUAAGAAAGCUUAAAGAUUUGCAUUGCUAACGGAGUUAGCCGUUUCCAUCCAUUGCACUCCAUUCUUUAUUGAAUUGAAGAAAAGUGGCAGUGAUUUUUGCAUAUGCCGGGAGUUGGAUGAAUGAACAAUUGCAAUAUCUUUGGCAGAAAGAUUAUACAAGGCGAUAUAGAAUGAAGAAGCUGGUUCAGACAACAAAUUGAAUGUUCAUUUGUACAAGCAACAGAUUGAUCACUUAUACAAGCUCAGUCAACAAUAUUGGAUUUGGCUACCGUGAUUGGCUUCCAGAGGUCCUUGAAUCUUGAGGGGAUAUCGAGAAGAUAACUUGUGCAACCACUUUGAUGUUCAGUGUAAAACACGUCUUGAAAACCUUGCUUUGGGCGAGGACUGCAAAUGGGGGGUUCAAAGGAAAUGAACAAAACAACAUCAAGGAUAAGCAGAUGUUCAGAGCUUGCUGAUGGAAUGGUUGAAUCGGCUAUUAUUUCCGCGGAUUCAUUUCUUCCGCAGAUGGAUGCUGAUCGUGUAUGGAAUCGUUUCAAGUCCGGUGGUUCGGAAUGUCUUCGGCUUUGGUCUUUUUUAUCAAUGCCUGUCAUUUUUACGGACCAUCUCUUGUAUUAUAUUUCUGCUUAGAAACUAUUACACAUUUUGCAUUUGUACUUACGGAAAAUGUAGGCUUGUUUGGAAGUACUUUUAAAAUUACAGAAAGCACAUUUAGCGAGAA